AUGGUAUAUUGUGGUAAACCAAGCAAAGGUUGCAAUGAGUGUCGCCGCCGCAAAAUCAAGUGUGACCAAACUGAACCGUUAUGCCUUCAAUGUACGAAAGGGGGCAGGACGUGCACCGGUUAUCGAAACCAACUGGACUUGAUGUUUCGCGAUGAGACGCGGAAGACAGCCCACAAGGCCUCUACUAAGGCCCAGAAGCAGAGAAACAGCAAAAUCCCCAUUCCCAGUAGCUCCAAGAAUUCUACCGAUAGCAAUUCCUCAGCCAGCCUUAUUUCAUUAAGGUCGUCAAAUACCCCAGAGGAGAUCUCGCGAAGUCUUUCUAUGAACCUGAACCAGCAGGCCAUCUGUUUCUUCUUGCAUAAUUACGUCAUACCCUCCACGCCCACUUCGGGGCGGGUUGGGUAUAUGCAUAGCCUUCAAACAGCAAGCUCGGAAGCAGUGACCGCGUGCAUGGCUUCCGUGGGCAUGGCAACACUUGCAAAUAUAAAUUAUUCUGCUGACCUCCGCAUUGCAGCGAGAGAGCAGUAUGCUCAUGCACUUUCACUGACAAAUGCAAUGCUGCGAGAUCCUAUCAAGGCAAAGCAGCCGGAAGCUCUUGAUACUGUCAUGUUGCUGGGGAUGUUCGAGCUAUCUAGCUGCUUAUUGACCUCAUCGCGAGCACCUCCAUUCCUCGCAGGCGUGCCUCGGGAAUGUCAAGCUGCUCUUCCCAAGUCAGAAGCACUUCUCGAAGAUGUGACCACAUUGCUUGUCAAGCUCUGCAACUUACGGGCUGAGAUUGAGGACCGCACACUAACUUCCCCAGACCACAUAAUUUCCCAGGCAUUUAUUUUAGAAGCGGAGUUUAUAGCAUCUGAAGCGGAGCUUUGGGAACACUACCCUUAUGAAAUUCUUCCAGUCCUCGGUCGGGAGACCCCACCAUCUCCAGCAGAUGAAGUCUAUGGGACUUAUUACCACUCUUAUACCGAUUACUUCGUUCCAAACAUAUAUAACGCCCUACGCGGUGCCCGUAUUCUCAUCACAGAAAUCAUCGAUGAGGCGUCCCCUAAACUCUCGCCAUCCUCGCCCCUCUAUUCACAAAUCGAUAAUCUGCCUCUGCUAAUGGAGCAAAGCCGAACGGCUGCCCUUCAGGCAGCAAUUGAUAUAUGUGCCAGUGUUCCAUACGACCUAGGGAGCGUCGAAAUAAAGAGAAAAGAUGGCACGAACCUUGGCAGAAACGGCAGAGCCGUGGGCGGGUAUGUAUUGCUUUGGCCUUUAUGUCUUGCUGGUGAUCUACCUUAUGCCCCGACCUCAUUGCGGGACUGGGCAGUAAACCGCUUUGAGUAUAUUGGGCGCGCUCUAGGAAUCAAGCAGGCAAUUUGGAUGGCUGCAUUGUUGAGAAUGGGAGAGUAUGGAGUAUUCCAGACUCUGUCUGGAGUUCAUUAUGAAGUCUGGCUACCCAUUGGAUGGAAAGGAAAGAGGUUUUUAGCUACGGGGAAUGGAGGAAUUGAUGGAUCAUCAUCAAAUGGAGAAUGGCUGCAUACGAGUGUAGUUGCCGGGAAAGGUAUUGUGGCUCGGUUCUACAACACGGCCCACUUGAAGUCAUACUAUAUUGGUUGUUCUCUCGGCGGACGGCAGGGAUUUCAGUCAGCAGUGAAGUUCCCCGAUGACUUCGAUGGGAUUGUUGCGGGGGCACCGGGGUUAGACUUUAAUAAUCUAGUUUCGUGGAGAGCAAGUUUCUUUCCAUUGACGGGGAGUUCAGGGUCACCCGAUUUCAUUACAGCAAUGGCAUGGAAGACAUUUAUCCACAAGGCGGUUCUGCGACAAUGUGAUAGUAUUGACGGUGUGGUAGACGGCAUCAUCGAAGACCCUUCGCUCUGCCAUUUCAAUGCCGAAGAGCUUCUGUGCCAGGCAGGACAAGAAAAGGAUUGUUUAACCCCAACGCAAGUUAAUAUUGUGCAGGGAAUCUUCUCUCCGUUGAUUGGGGAGGACGGUAGAGUGAUUUAUCCCGCCAUGCAGCCCGGUAGCGAAGAGCUGGCUACCACAAAACUGUACGCAGGGAAACCGUUUAGCUAUUCGGAUGAAUGGUUCAAAUAUGUCAUCUAUGACCCAUCGUGGAACGCAUCGACAUUCAAUAUCCAUGAUGCCGCGGUUGCAGAUGCUCGCAAUCCUGGAGAUAUCAGAACAUGGCCAACGUACGACGACCUAGCCAAGUAUCGAACUAGACAUGGCAAGAUAAUCAUCCAUCACGGCGGACAAGAUAAUCAGAUCACGAGCUUCAACACGAAACGAUACUAUGAUUAUCUGCUGCAAUCUGCUGCAGGUGCUGGCAGUGCUGGGCACCUUGACAGUUUUCUCCGCUUCUUUCGCAUAUCCGGCAUGUUCCAUUGCAGCGGAGGGCCAGGAGCAUGGGUCCUAGGACAGGGGGGCGGAGCUCCUUCAGAAGGCAUCGAGUUCAAAAGGGAAAAUAAUAUUCUCGCGGCUAUAGUAGACUGGGUCGAGAAAGGGGUUGCACCAGACACGGUGGAGGGAGUCAAAUUUGUAGAUGACAAUGCGACGUCUGGAGUUGCAUUUCGCCGAAGACACUGCAGGUUGGUUGAUUUUUGA